CAAUCAUUGCAUGUAUAUGAUCAUAUCAUAUCUCUCAUUGUCCUUAAUUUAUAAGUCGUCUUUAACUUUAAGUACGUACACACACUUUACCCACUGUAUGUAUAGGAAAAAUCAUGUGACAAAACGAUUCGUUGAUAGCUCACAAACACAUAACAACCAGCUGGUAGAAAGGUGUGGUAAGCCGUGCAGUACUAGUUUUAAUUUUAAGGACAAGAAGCGUAUAUAAAACGUCCUCAAGAUGGGGGCCAUGUUCAGGAGCGAGGAAAUGGUCCUGUCUCAAUUAUUUAUCCAGCCAGAAGCAUCUUAUUACGCCAUAUCAGAAUUGGGUGAGACGGGAUGCGUACAAUUCAGAGAUUUGAACGAAAAUGUGAACGCUUUUCAAAGAAAAUUCGUAAACGAAGUCAGAAGAUGUGACGAGAUGGAAAGGAAACUGAGAUACAUCGAAGCAGAAGUAAGAAAAGACGACGUAAAUAUUCCAGACGUCAGUGAGCUGCCAAAAGCUCCGAAUCCACGAGAAAUCAUUGAUUUGGAAGCUCAUCUAGAAAAAACAGAAGGAGACAUCAAGGAACUGUCAGAGAGCGCUGUAAACCUAAAAUCCAACUACCUCGAACUGACGGAACUCAAACACGUGUUGGAAAAGACCCAAGCCUUCUUCAACGAGCAAGAUGAAGCCAACGGUUUAUCAGACUCUGUUCACAAGUCUCUUAUUCCAACGGAAGAUCACACCGCUUCAAUCAGAGGCCGCCUUGGGUUUGUAGCUGGGGUGAUUAAUAGGGAAAGGGUACCGGCCUUUGAAAGGAUGUUGUGGAGAAUUUCAAGAGGAAAUGUGUUUCUUAGACAAGCCGAGAUUGAGAAACCUAUGGAAGAUCCAGCGACGGGUAUUGAAUACCACAAAACUGUAUUCGCAGCCUUUUUCCAAGGAGAGCAGCUUAAAACUAGGAUAAAGAAAGUUUGCGCUGGUUUUCAUGCAUCUUUAUAUCCAUGUCCCAAUACUCUCACCGAAAGAAAUGACAUGCUAAAAGGAGUGCGCACGCGCCUUGAAGAUCUUAACUUGGUUUUAAACCAAACCAGGGACCAUCGCCAAAGGGUCCUGGUCAGCGUGGCCAAAGAGCUACAGAACUGGAGCAUCAUGGUCAGCAAGAUGAAGGCAAUCUACCACACCUUGAACUUCUUCAACAUGGACGUGACCAAGAAGUGUUUGAUCGGCGAGUGUUGGGUGCCCAAUAAUGACAUCACCGUCGUACAGAAAGCUUUAGCCGAUGGCUCGAGCGCUUGCGGUAGUUCAAUUCCAUCAUUUUUGAAUGUAAUAAACACCAACGAAGAUCCACCGACUUUCAAUCGAACCAACAAAUUUACCAGAGGUUUCCAAAAUUUGAUUGAUUCGUAUGGAGUUGCUUCGUAUAGAGAAGCCAAUCCAGCCCUCUACACGAUCAUCACAUUCCCCUUCCUCUUCGCCGUGAUGUUCGGCGACUGCGGCCACGCGGUCAUCAUGUUCUUGUUCGGUUUGUGGCUGGUGCUGGCCGAGAAGAAAAUUGGAGCCCAGAAGAACAAAAGCGAGAUUUUCAGCAUCUUCUUCGAGGGUAGAUACAUUAUUCUGCUCAUGGGUAUAUUCUCCUUCUACACGGGACUCAUGUACAACGAUAUAUUCUCCAAAUCGAUGAAUAUUUUCGGGUCGAGAUGGUAUGUCAAUAUGACGACAACUCAGCUGGAGCACGAGACUGGCGAUAUCGAGUUUUUACCGAAGGCCAAUUACAAAGGAACACCGUAUGUUGUGGGAAUUGAUCCGGUGUGGCAAGCAGCCAAAAACAAAAUUAUCUUUUUGAAUUCGUUAAAAAUGAAAAUGUCCAUAAUUUUGGGAGUAGCCCACAUGAUAUUCGGUGUCGUAUGCAGUACAUUUAAUUUUAUACAUUUCAAAAGGUAUUACAGUAUUAUCUUAGAAUUCAUUCCACAACUACUUCUUUUACUAUUUUUAUUCUUAUACAUGGUGAUCAUGAUGUUCAUGAAAUGGGCAUGGUACACUGCAGAAAAUGAUGGAUGGGCAAACGGACCAAACGACCCUGUCAACAAGCAUGGAUCAUCUUGCGCCCCGUCCGUUCUUAUUUACUUUAUUAACAUGAUGUUAAUGAGCAAAAGUGAUGCAAACAAAGGAUGCGACGUUUAUAUGUACGAGGGGCAACAGAGCAUACAAUACGUUCUGGUGUUCGGGGCUCUGAUUUGCAUCCCCGUCAUGUUGUUGGGAAAGCCGUUGUACACUAUGGUUCAGAGAAAGAAGCAGAAGAAAGCCGAGCCGGUUCAUCCACAGAUUAACAAAACGAAUGGCGACGUAAACCUGGGCUUGGAACUCGAAGACGUAUCUGAAAGCAACCGCCAGGAGCUUGCUGAAGCAGCUGCAUCGGCGCAUCACGAAAAGGAAGAAGAAGAAGAGCCGAUAAGUGAAAUUUUCAUCCAUUCGGCUAUUCAUACCAUCGAGUACACCCUUAGUACGAUUUCUCACACUGCUUCUUAUUUGCGUCUGUGGGCUUUGUCUCUUGCGCACGCCCAAUUAUCAGAAGUAUUGUGGAGCAUGUUGUUCUCAAAGCUAGCAUUGAAGAUGGGAGGCCCGGUGGGAGUCGUAAUGAUUUUCUUGGUAUUCGGCGCAUGGGCUUUAUUCACCGUGGCCAUUCUGGUGCUCAUGGAGGGUUUGUCGGCUUUCUUGCACACGCUUCGUCUGCAUUGGGUGGAGUUCAUGAGCAAAUUCUACGCCGGAGUGGGGUAUGUGUUCCAGCCGUUCAGCUUCAAGAGGAUACUCCAAGAGGAAGAAGAAGCGACGUGAGCGUAGACUAUUUGUAAAUGCUUUUAUAUAGUAGAAAAUAUUAUUUAAAGUGUGCUUUUCAAUUUUUUGACUCUUCUUUUGUUUAGUAUUAAAAAUGUGCAAUAUAGUAAUGAA